UGUUUUACCGACGAACAUCGCCGAUCUGUCAUGGCGAAUCGUGGUGUACGUUUCGUGCACAGUAAAACAUAAAUAAUGAUUCUUAGAAAAUAUAUUUUACUAAUGUGCGAUAAAAAAACUCGUGCCUAUUCUAAAAUAUCAUGAUUAAUGUGUGAGUCAUAUAAUUUAGGUUUAAGUGAGCGUUAAAAUGGACAAGAAAAAUGCCAUUCGGAGAGGCAAGAGGCCAUCCAAAGUUCUCGAAGAAAAUUAUUGGGAUUGCAGCGUGUGUACAUACAGGAAUAACGCUGAAGCUUUUAAAUGCUCAAUGUGCGACGUUAGAAAAGGAACAUCAACGCGUAAACCGCGUAUCAACCCGGCGCUGGUGGCUGCGCAGGCGGCCGGCACCGCCCCCACGAGCUCGCAGAAACGACCACGGUCCGCCAACUCUCUCAAAAAGAAACGACGCCAGCCACGACUCAACAACGUGGACAGAAGUUCCGCGCAAACAAGAGAGGUAACUGUAAGCGGCGUAACAGUUGUUAUAACAGAGUAUAAACCUAAGAAGUCAGUUUCGAGCAGUUCCAGUGAUGUUGAAUCGUCGAACGACGCGCGACCUUGAUGACUUUUAUUGAUGAUCUUAUUAUACCUUUUUAGUAGCACUUAUUUGAUGGAAAUGGUCUUGAUCUUGAGAUGUCGACAAUUUAUUUCCUGUUUGUACAAAGUUGUAAUGUAAUUUCAAAUUUGGAAGAAAACGUGUAAUUCUUAAAUUAAUUGGAUCUCGAAUGUUCGAAAAUGUUGUUAUUCGGAAGUUGUUCUACAGAUUUAAAAAAAGAAUUAAAUUCGAGUCAAAUGUAUAAAAAAAGACACGUUCGAUAUUUAAAAAAGCUGUACAUAGGGCAUAGAAAUCAAAUUUUUCCAUCUCGACUUAUUCACUACUAUUGUCUUAAAAGUGCAUACUGUUUAUCCUUAGUGUAGGUAUACUUUUGAUUCGUAGUAUUUAUUUUUUUAUUAAUGUCUAAAUUUAUAUAAUUAAAUUAACAAAAAGCUGGUAUGUAUGAAUUGCUUUGAAAUUAAUUUAUUCCUCUGUAUUUAUUGAUGUUAUAAUUUUGUGGCCAUUUGAAAUUGCAUUCUUUCAAACUAAGUCCAGUUUCUACGCAGAUGUUGAUAUUAUUCCUUAACUUAAAUAAUAUUGGUGUUAGUAUUUGCGUUUCUGGUCUUAGUUUUCAAGAAUGUUAAGAAGUUUUGGUCGUUUGGUGUAAAUAAGAAGAAGACCAGCGUGGCACUGCCGAAGGGUAAGAAAUGUAAAUAGAAAUUGUUUGAAGGGAUUGUAUAGAUUAUUUUAAUAAAAACCUUGAUCUUUUUAAUGCGCUAGAUGUCCUUACGAUUGAAGAUUUAACAUUAUAGAAUCAACAGGAUUUGUACAUUGCUAUUUUUUUAUCGGGAUUCAGAUGGUGAACUUUUCGACAUAUUCGAAGCUAUACAGAUUUAUGUACGACAAAGUCAAGUAACACGCACAAAAAUAUUCGUUAACGACAAUAUAACUACAAGGACCAGAGGUGAUGAAAUUUUUUGAUCGUUUUAAUCUACAAAAUAUUCACAAUAUUUGUGAUUUCGAAACCGAGAAGCGUAAUAUUACAGUAUUUUCCAUAUGAUGAUUUUUUUUAUGGUUAUUUGGAGAGGAGAUGGGUAUUUCAGUCUUCGAUAAAUAUAUUGUAUUUGAGAAUAAUUAUCAUGCAGACUGCAAUUUAACGUGAUUGAAAAGUUGAUAUGAAAUUAUGUAACUAUGUCUCACAGUAAUGUUUGGUCGAUAUAACUGCAGUCUGCGCAAACUGGUUGAAGCUGUAAAGGUAUGUGGGGGCAGGUCAAUUAAAUCACAUUUUAGAAAUAAUCACAACAAUGAUAUUGUUGUUUUAUCAUUAGCAUUCAUCGAUCAACAACAAACAACACUCAAACACUUCAUGAAUCAUCGAACGUCGCGUCACUAUCACAAAUCGUAAGUUUUCUUGUAUUAUUUUUUUUUGUCUGGUAGAGGAUAGCGCAGUUUUUUAGCCAAAACACUAGGUAAUAUUGUGUUCGGAGCGUUAAAUAAGUAUUUAUUCUAGCUUUAAGUUUUUGGAUUAGUAUUAAUUUGACAAAAUCACAAAUUAAUAUUCGAUGGCGGUGUGAUAGAAUGUGUUUUUGGAAGUCAUUUGUUUUUUAAUCGUUCAACAAUCGAAAUACAUAUAUAUGGCUGUUUUGUCGUUGUGUGUUGUUCGUGUUUUCAAUAGUUUCCGAACGAAAUAAAACGCUAGAUGUCAUUAAUAAUAAAUUAUUUCAUGAAUAAAUAAUAAUGUAUAUUUUGCGAAUACGAUGCAGUAUUUUUAUACGGUUUCAUUAGUAUCUAACUUAGAAUGCAAUGUUUGUUUUGUUAGCGAUUACGUUAUAACGUUACGCCAUGGAUUCUAAUUUAUGUUAGACAAAAGUGUAUCGAUGUGGUAGAUUAUAGGACCUGUAUCUGUAUAAUAUUAAAUGUGGAUUGGUUUGUGUCCUGUGUGUAAUUUUUUCUCUAUUUUUUAAAUAAUAUUUAAAAGAUAGUUAUAAAAUUGUUUCAUUUCUGAAUAUAUAGAUCGAACUAUGUAGACUUACGCGAAGCAUCUGCUUCGACUUUAUGUAACUUGUUCCAAAUGUGAAAAAUUACUACUUGUAUAACUCGUAACUUAUAAUUUUGCUUUUUUUUGUGACUUAAUGGAAUUUAAUGUUAAAGGUCUUAUUUUUGU